AUGGCUGUGGCGAACAAGAAAGUGGGUAUCCAGUUGCAAUCCUCAAAAUGUCUGGAAGCACUUCACUUCACCGAGAAAUCUGCUAAACACAAGAUAAAUAACGGCAUAGGCAUCAUGGUUACGUGCGUGUUGGUGAUAUUAGUGCUUCUGUUGCACCGUGUGAGCAGCUUCACGUACCAGUAA